CGCUAGCUGACGGGGCUGCUGGCCUCCGCGGCCGGGCCUCCUCCGAGCCGGCGCCAUGGCCUCGGAGGGGCCGCGGGAGCCCGCGGGCGAGGGCCUCAAGUUGUCAGCAGAUGUCAAGCCGUUUGUCCCCAAAUUUGCUGGCCUCCGUGUGGCAUGGUCAGAGUCUUCGGAGGCACGCGUGUUCCCCAGCUGCGCAGCCACGUACUAUCCGUGUGUUCAGGGGCUGCCAGUGCCCGAGCAGAAAUUCUAUACGGAAGAUAUGGCCUUUGGAGCUUCAACUUUUCCGCCUCAGUAUUUGUCUUCUGAGCUCGCUCUUCAUCCGUACACCUAUCCUCCCUACACCCUGGAGUCUGCACAGAAUGUUUGCCCUGUGCCUGCCUCCCAGUACGAUUACAGCCAGCCCAAUUGUUACCAAGGUUUUCAAAGGAUGAGGCCACGAAAUGAGCACGUGUGCCCUCCCCCACAAGACACGAAAGCUCUGUUUAAGAAAAAAACAUAUGAUGAGCAAAAGUUUGACAGUAAGAAGGUGGGUGGAACUAUGUCAUCCGAUAUAAAAUCAUUCAAAGGUCCACAUCGUGUGUCCAUUCAUGCUGACUCUAGCUUGAAAUCAGAUGGGUAUCAUAAACGAACAGACAGGAAAUCCAGAAUCGUCGAAAAAAGUGGAUCUGCCUCCAAACCUGAGUUUGAAUUUACCAGGUUGGAUUUUCCUGAACUGCAGGGUCCAGAGAACCGUGAGAUAUCAGAGACACAAAAGCAGCCCACGUGGGGGCCUUUAUGCCCUGCCUCGACUGACAUUUCUCUGCUAAGAGAAGUGGGGAAGCCUGCUGCGGUGGUAUCAGAGGGUGAAAUAGUGGUGACCAAUACUAAUCUGACUAAAUCUGUAAUUGAUGCUGCUGCCAGUCCCUCGUCGUGUACCAGAGAAUUAUCUUGGACACCAAUGGGUUAUGUUGUUCGGCAGACGUUAUCUGCAGAACUGUCACCAGCCCCUAAAAAUGUUACUUCCACGAUAAACCUAAAGACGCUUGCUUCAGCAGCUGAUCCUAAAAAUGCCAGGAUGUCGUCUUCUCAAGUUUUAUCUUCAGAUCCUUCCUACAAAGAGAAACAUGUUGCUCAUCAUACUAAGAAGUCCAAAGCAUCACAAGGUGGCGAUCCUGAGCAAAAUGAAGCCUCAAGAAAGAGUAAGAAAAAGAAAGAAAAGUCUAAAUCAAAAUAUGAAGUCCUGACCGUCCAAGAGCCACCAAGGAUUGAAGACGCCGAGGAGUUUCCCAAUCUGGCAGUUGCAUCUGAAAGAAGAGACAGAGUAGAGUCUCCGAAAUUUCAAUCUAAACAGCAACCACAGAAUAAUUUUAAAAAUAGUGGAAAGAAGAGCCAAACUCCAGUACAGUUGGAUUUGGGGGGAAUGCUGACAGCACUGGAGAAGAAGCAGCACUCCCAGAAUGCAAAGCAGCCGUCCAAACCGGUGGUGUUCUCAGUCGGGGCCGUGCCAGUCCUCUCCAAAGAGGCCACGUCAGGGAAGAAGGGCCACCGCUUGAGCGAAGUGAAGACCCCGCACAACCCCCUGGACUCCAGCGCCCCCCUGAUGAAGAAGGGAAAGCAGAGGGAGGUCCCCAAAGCCAAGAAGCCAACCUCGUUGAAGAAGAUUAUUUUGAAAGAACGUCAGGAGAGAAAGCAGCAGCGUCUCCAGGAAAAUGCCAUGAGUCCAGCUUUUGCCAGUGAUGGUGCACAGGAUGCAGAGAGUGGUGGUGAUGACUGGGCCCUCGAGCAGGUGGACCCCUCAGCUCCAGAGGAGAUGGAAGAGGCGGUGUCCUCCACUCCUGUGGUGGAGAGCAAGUCAGAAGAGCCGCUGGGGGCAGAGCUCCAGAAGGAGGUGGAGGCCUGCCACCUGGCGCCUGGCAGUGCCGCCUGCCCCAGGAUCCACAGCCGGAGAUUCAGGGAUUACUGCAGCCAGAUACUCAGUAAAGAAGUGGACGCCUGUGUUACGGACCUGCUGAAAGAGCUGGUCCGUUUCCAAGACCGCAUGUACCAGAAAGAUCCAGUCAAGGCCAGGACCAAGCGCCGGCUCGUGUUGGGGCUGAGGGAGGUCCUCAAGCACCUGAAGCUCAGGAAGCUGAAGUGCAUCAUCAUCUCUCCCAACUGCGAGAAGAUCCAGUCGAAAGGUGGGCUGGAUGACACCCUGCACACCAUCAUUGAUUACGCCUGUGAGCAGAACAUUCCCUGUGUGUUUGCACUCAACCGCAAAGCUCUGGGGCGCAGUCUGAACAAAGCCGUUCCUGUCAGCGUGGUGGGGAUCUUCAGCUACGAUGGAGCCCAGGACCAGUUCCACAAGAUGGUCGAGCUGACGAUGGCGGCGCGGCAGGCGUACAGGACCAUGCUGGAGAACGUGCACCAGGAGCUGGUGGGAGAGCCUGGGCCUCAGGCGCCUGCUGGCCCGCCCACGCAGGGCCCCGGCUGCUCUGCAGAAGAUGGCCCCCUGGCUCCCGCUGGGAAAGAAGAGCCACACUACAAGACUGUCGCGACUGCCCCUGCCUGUCCUCAGCUGUGCGCUGUCUCGUUUCCAGUUGAAAUCUGGAGAAGACACCUGGAGGCAUAUGGUCGAUGUGCCCUGGAGCUGGAAGAGUCACUGGAGGCCUCCACCUCUCAGAUGAGGGCCCUGAAUUUAUAAGGGGCAUGCUUUACGUGCGUUUGUGUAUCGGGGUCAGGAGGGAGGUCUGAAGAAGACUCGGGGAACUUUUCUUGCCUCGUUCCCUCAUUGACCUGCUGUGUCUGACUGUUGCAUUGGGAGAUGAAGCCACGCGCGGGUACGUGGAGCAGCCUUCACAGGCAUCCCGAGCUGUGUGUCCUGUGAACAGGCGCUCGGCUGUGCUGGUGGAAACCAUCUCUAAGCCCUGAGAUACAGCUCUGGCUCUCUGAGCACACUGUGAAUCUGGACAAUACUGGAAACGUGAUCCUCAGAGUACUCUGCUGCUAAGGGAACGUCCUCUCCUCUGCAGCAUGGCUAAGCCGGGUUUGUUUGCAGAAGGCACUUGGGGCAGUGUGGAGGUUCUCUCAGGUGGGGAGCCCGCACAGCCUGGCGGGGGCCCUUUCUCAGGACGUAGCCUUUCAGCUGCAAGAUUUAGGGGUAUUUGGAGGAUUUGCUAAAAUGAGCCUCAGAAUGAAAAUUCGUUCUCUAACCUGUGACCUUAGACAUGAAGUAUACCUGUUAGUCUUGAUUUUUCAAAGAAACAAUGUAAAUUGAAGUUCUUAACUUUCAGUUUUGAUAGUCUACAAAUCUUUUCUUUCCUUUGUAAAUGAACAUAUUCUGAAUGUGAUUUCUGUCUUAGAGGCCAGGAGGAUAGAAGUUUAGUUUCAUAUUUUUCUGUAAGUAAGAGGGCUUAUUUAUUUUGAAUAAAAAGUGAUUAUUUAAUUUCGCUGGA